AUGGAAUUCGAUAUCAACCAGUCGCUGAAGCUGUAUCUCAACGAUCCAGCUUCUUUACCGACUCCAGACGCAGCCCAAGAGAUCACAGAUACAGACGGAGACAGUCCCAACCAGGCAACACUUACAGACACUUUGGAUCUUAUUCGCGAUUCAAUUCGCCUUAUCAUAGGCAAAAUAUUGGAACUAGUCACCUCAGGCUUGUCGAACGAGGCAGAAGCUGCUCAUCAAGAUGUGGAAAACGACGAACAAGACUCUCUGCCUCACCACAAGCAACUGUUGGAAAUGUAUGGCUUCCUGCUGCAGUGGUCCAUUUCAGCUGUCGAGCUCAAGGCCGCCGAAAAGCCUGCUGCUCCUGCUCGCAAAGGCACAAAAACAACCAAGAAAUCUGCGACAAAAGAUGGUUCAUGGGACUCGACUCCUCAGAUACAAACAGCUAUGGACGUUAUGUGCAGGCUCAUGAAGCUCAAGCUCAACAGAAUCUUUGCUACAACCUCCGACCGAGACACGUUUGUUAACCUGCUCACCAGGCCUGUCUAUCUGAUCAUGGAGAGCGAAGCUAGGAUGAAGAUUACCUCGGUGCGCAUGUUUUGUUUCAAGGUCCUUUGCAUUGCAAUCAAGCACAAUGGUCAUGCCCUAGGCGCUCAAACCUCCAUCAUUCAGAACUUGACUUAUUAUGAACAUCUCUCAGAACCUAUGGCCGAGCUUCUGCACAUCUUGUCAGAACAGUACGAUCAUUCACAACUAUCUUCCGAUGUCCUACGCGAACUGGCUGCGAAAGAGUUCAGCCCCACUGAUGCUAAAGGACCCAAGGCUGUCUCCAUAUUCCUCACUAAACUAUCCGAGCUCGAGCCACGUCUGGUUGGUAAAGAGCUUGGUCAAUUAGCCAAAUUCUUGGACAGUGAAGCAUAUACCCUGCGUUGUGCCAUCAUUGAAGUCUGUGGGAACCUCUUGUCCGAUCUCAGUAAGCUCGAAGAGCAAGAUGAUUCCACCAGCGUCCAGAUCAAUGCCUUUUUCGACGUGCUAGAGCAGCGCUUCCUCGACACCAAUCCUUACUGUAGGUGUCGUGCCAUCCAGGUCUUCACCAAGCUAUGUUCGCUUGAGCAGAAGUAUCCGAAACGAAGACAGAAUGCCGCUGAACUAGCUGUACAGAGCUUGCAGGAUAAAAGCAGUAACGUCAGAAGAAACGCAAUCAAGUUGAUUGGCAAACUAGUUUCUACUCAUCCCUUCAGUGUCAUGCACGGUGGUGAUCUAUCGAUAACAGAGUGGGAGGCACGGCUGCAAGCGCUCGAGCAGCAGAUCUCCGCUCUUCAGCCAGCACCAGAAGAAGCAGCGACGGCACAGACUGCGGACGGGGAACAGCCUGUUGAUAGUGGCCUGCUCGACGACGCGACGGAAACAACGCACGAAACAGAAGAAUUGUCAGAAGAGCAACGCAGGGGCAUACUAGAAAAAGCCGAGAAAGAUGCUGCCACUCAAGAAGUUCUAGCUAAGCUCAAGCUGACCAGGAAAUAUUACAUGGAGGCUCUCAAGUUCAUCGAAGUUGUACACGAUGCCUCCGAUAUUGCUUGUCAACUAUUGUCAGCCAAGAACAAGAGCGAAGUUAUUGAAGCCAUGGAUUUCUUCGUCGUCACAGAUGCUUACAGAAUCGAAAUUGCACGAACCGGUAUUAGAAGGAUGCUACGUCUUAUUUGGACCAAAGGCAAUAGCGACGAGGGAAAGGGAGUUCAGACCCACCUUCUGGACUGCUACAGAGGUCUGUUCUUCGAUGCUCCUGACACCUUUAACCCCAACGACUCGGCAAAUUUCAUUGCUAGGAACAUGAUCAGUCUGACCUUCGGGGCGUCGCCAGCAGAACUGACUUCUCUCGAACAACUUCUUGCCACAAUGAUGACUGCCGGACACAUCUCGCCCCUUGUCGUUGCUAAGCUGUGGCAGGUUUAUGGUGUCAAUAAGGACAUCUCGAGAGCUCAGCGAAGAGGUGCUAUAAUUGUUCUUGGUAUGAUUGCGACUGCCGAUCCUGCCAUCGUUAUCAAAGAUACCGAGACCAUGCUCAGAGUAGGACUGGGUCCAGCUGGGCGGAAGGACCUUGUUCUAGCACGUUAUACAUGCGUUGCUUUACGGAGGAUGAUUCCUCCAGCUAAAAAAGCUCAGGACAAAACAAACAAAGGUAUCGGGCGAAUGCAAAACGAUAGUCCAGUCCUUCGCCUGCUUGCAUCGAUGCUGCUUUUGCCUUCGACCAGUCAAGAUUGGUAUGGCAUGGCCGAACAAGCUAUUUCGGCUAUCUACCUGCUCUCCGAACAUCCAGAUGUAUUGUGCUCGGAAGUGCUGCGGCAGAAGACGAAGAAGGUAUUCUCACAUACACAUGAUAGACAAUCAAUUCCCACAUCUCCGCCUCCAGAGGCGGAUGAAGGAGCUGAUGCGGACCCCAUGGAUGUUGAUCAGCCAGAGAACUCCACACAUAACAAUAUGACAUUUCAACCAGAAACUCAACAAAGCAUGCCACAAGAAGCAGAAACAAAUCCAAAAGACGCGGCAUUGGCUCUGUCACAAUUGCUCUUCUCUGUUGGUCAUGUUGCCAUUAAGCAGAUUGUGCAUCUCGAGCUGUGCGAGCUGGACUUUAAGCGUCGGAAGCAAGAUCAGGAGAAAGACAAUGCUAACUCAUCGCUAGAGGAUACAGCUCAAACUCCUGCUGCUCGAAAGAAAAAGGGCAAUCGACCAGAAUCAGCAAAAGAUGACGAGAAAGAUGAGCUUGAUAUGAUUGGCGGUACGACUGAAGACGAUUUUACAGAAGCCAUAACGCACGUUCGUGAACGUGAACUUCUUUAUGGCCGUCAAUCUCUACUCGCUCUUUUCGGCCCGCUCGUCACCGAAGUGUGUGCAAAUAAUACUCUAUACGCCUCACGCCACCUCCAAGCACAAGCAACUCUAUGUCUCGCCAAACUAAUGUGUGUCUCAUCCGAGUACUGCGAAGCCAAUCUCCCUCUCCUCAUCACCAUCCUCGAACGCUCUCCCGACCCAAUAGUCCGCUCCAACGCAGUCAUCGCCCUAGGCGACAUGGCCGUUUGCUUCAACCACCUCAUCGACGAAAACACCGACUUCCUCUACCGCCGCCUCCAAGACCCCGACGAUUCCGUCAAACGCACCUGCCUCAUGACCCUAACCUUCCUCAUCCUCGCCGGCCAAGUCAAAGUCAAAGGUCAACUAGGCGAAAUGGCCAAAUGCCUCGAAGAUUCGGACCGCAAAAUCUCAGACCUGGCGCGUAUGUUCUUCACCGAACUCGCCACAAAGGACAACGCCGUCUACAACCAGUUCAUCGACAUGUUUUCCAUUCUUACACAGCCAGGAAAUUUCGAAGGCGGGAUACUCGAGGACGAAGCACUACGACGUAUCCUCAAGUUUCUGUGCGGAUUCAUUGAGAAGGACAAACAUGCCAAGAAUCUGGCUGAGAAGCUCGCAGCCAGGCUUGCGAGGUGUGAGAGUGAGAGGCAGUGGAAUGAUACGGCGUUUGCGUUGGGUUUGUUGAAUAAUGGGAAGAACGAGGAGAUUGAGCGCAAGGUUAAGGAGGGGUAUCGGGUCGUGGAUGGUGCAGCUGCUUAG